AUGGCUCCCCGUGAAGAUUCCCCGUAUACCAUCUUGGGUAUUCCAAACAACUCUGAUGAUCAAGCAAUUAAGAAAGCGUAUCGUAAGUUGGCAUUGAAAUGGCAUCCAGACAAACAUACGGAAGAGAAAGAUAAAGAAGCAGCAGAAAAGAAGUUUAAGAAGAUUGCUCAAGCAUAUGAGAUUUUAUCAGAUGCUAAGAAACGUCAAGAUUUCGACAGAUCUCAAAACCCCACAGCGUUUGCCCGAACACGACGACCAGGAAUGCCUCGGGGAUUCGGACAUCACGAAGAUUUUUUUCGUUCCCCAUUCGAUAUUUUCAAGGAGUUCUUCGGAAACCGUGAUCCAUUUCAGGAUGUAUUCUUCGAUGAUGCCUUCAAAUAUAAGGAGUCGCCAUUCAAGGUUCACCGGUUUCCAUCAAGCCGAGUACACAUAUUUUAUGACAAGAAGCAGCCCAAGGAUGAGAAGGACUGCAAAUUUUCGACAGUAAUCCGCUUUACAUCAUCCAAAGAUGGUAAAACUCCCCUUGUACGAAAGACAUCUACAACAACCCGAAUUGUGGAUGGAAAACAAGUUGUCACGAAGAAAACCGAGAAUGAAGAUGAAGAAAUCGUUGAAAUUUUGGAAGACGGCCAACUCAAGUCAAGGACAGUUCAUAAUGUGGCUGUUGAAAGUAAUUAA